AUGAACUCCGAUCCUUUAAGAACGAGCUUCAAGCUCUCGUUCCAUGGUGAGACAGUGAGCGGUGAGCUUGAACAAAUACUCACAGAUACUGAAGCACCAUACUUUAAGAGAAUCCGGUCAGCUUCUUGGGUUGAACUGAGAUUGCUUUUCCAGCUUGCAGCUCCGGCAGUGAUAGUUUACUUGCUCAAUAAUGUUGUUUCCAUGUCUACUCAGAUCUUCUGUGGUCAUCUUGGAAACCUUGAGCUUGCUGCUGUCUCUCUUGGGAACACUGGUAUCCAAGUUUUUGCCUACGGCCUUAUGGGCUAA